UUCCAUAUCGCAGGCUAUCAGUGAAUACCGGCUCUUGAACAGGACCGCCCUCAAGUCUAUCUCCUACAAACAGGUCACACAAUCAACUUCGUGGGAAUCCAUUGUCAUUGAGAACAAAUUCGGUCCAAGGAGGUUCGGAGAUGGGAGAAUCAUGGGACGUAAACAAUUUCAAACAAGGUCUUGGUGCCGAAAAGGGACAAAACUAUAAACCCACCUUCGGCGCCAUGAGGCAGUUAUCCACUAAUGAGAGAGGUGUUAUUGCCGAUGUGAAAGUUGUCGAUGUUGAAAAACGCCGUAGCAAAGAACAUUCCGGCAGCAAAAAUUAUGAAUACGUUUUGAAAGUUAGAUGGCUGGACGAGAACCAAUAUUGCAUAUUUCGUCGUUACAGUAUGUUCUUCGAUCUACAGGCUGGUCUGCGACAACUUUUCCAAGAAAAACAACAUAUCACAAUUCCGGAAUUGCCUGUUGCUCGUUUUGCUGGGGGAAUGUUGUUUGGAGCAUUAGCGAAGAAACAGUGUAAACACAUUGAAGAAUUCUGCCAGAGAGUGAUUCAGCUACCACCUGUUGUGUCUCAGUCAGACACUGUCCUGCAGUUCUUCAGCCAGUGGGGAACAGAUGCAUUUGUGAGGAUUGAAUCAAAUGAAAAAUGUACCAAGCUGCCAAAUUCUCAUUUUGGAAGAAGUGAGGAACAGCUUGUUGAGAGAUACCAGUCAGUGGCAGAAUUUACUGGUGGAGGAAGGGGAGAGAUGAGCUUGAGAGAAAAUGAAAUGGUAACAGUCAUUGAAAAAAACAAUACAGGUUGGUGGCUUGUUGCAAAUGCAAGAGGGGAGCAUGGUUUUGCUCCAGCAACAUUUCUUGAACCAGUAGACUCUGGGCGACGCACAGAAGAGGAGGAAUGGAGAGACGUUGAGGAGGAUGAGCGUUUUUGGGUUGCAAUUGAGUCAUACUCAGCUAAGAGUGAUGAUGAACUAACUUACAGAGCUGGAGAAGAAGUUGAAGUUCUGGCCACCAGCAACUUUGGUUGGUGGAAGAUAAAAAUAAAAGGAAAAGUUGGUCUUACACCUGGAUCCAAUCUGGUUCAAGCCAAGCCAAGUGCAGAUCCUCUCUUAUCUGAUGACCAACAAAAGAAAAGGGGUUCUUCAUAUUCAAGCAUCAGUGGCAUAUAUGCAAGUAUAAGGUCACCUCCCCCUAGAAGAGAUUCUAGCAAAACAAGGAAAAGAGAAGCUAACAACAAUGAAGCCUCUGAAAAAGCGAGAGUUUCACGUUCGCAGUCCACACCUCAUGCAUUAGAGUAUGCUACAGUGGAGAUAUUGUCAAGUUCCCCAUCAGCCAACAGAAAUCUUCAGUUUAGUUUUGAAGACUCCAGUGAAACUGUUCCUCAAUAUGCUUCCGUUAUUCCAAAGCAUCUAAGACUGAACAGAUCCCACAGUAUGAGUGAAGAUGGGUCAGAAAUCAGAAGACCGCAGAAGCGGAAUGGCUGCCCAAACCUCCCGUCCACUCCACCGCUGGUUUCUCUACGCAACUCUAACUCUCGCAGUGUAGACCAUGAUGACAUGAGUUAUGCGAGAGUGCAUGAGUUCAGACAACCGCCACUUACUAGUACCCCAAGGGUGCGUUUAUUGCAACCCCCGGACGAGGGACUCGUCAGAUUUGGCUCCCACAAAUACGAGAAUGUUCUUAGAGCUGAUCUUCAUGUUGGGACACCCGGGGAGCAUUAUGUGGCUAUCACAAACUACGCACCUCCACCAGAUCGCAAUGAAGAUCUGCCCCUAACAGCGACAGAAGAGGUACGCCUUCUCUGUGAGGAUGGCGCCUGGUCAUUCGUUUGUACAGUAGACGCAACCAAAAGGAGUGGAUGGGUGCCGACUUCAUUGUUGAAGAGCAAGGAAGUUUCCCAUUACAACAUGACGAGGAGGUCCAAAUCUGUUGGGGACAUCUACAACGCUUAUGAAGAGGAAGAAGCGGCAGCUCGUGGAGCUCCUCCGUCUCAGAUGGUGCAGAAGCCUCCUGUACCAACACCUAGGAGUGAUCUUGAGCAGAAGAAGACUUCAGUGGAUGUAACUGGUGCCCCAAGCGAAGAAGCGCCUCCACUGCCUGGUGCCCCACCAGAUUACAUCCGGAAGUCUGGAAAGGUGAACGAACACUACUUCGCGCGGGAAGACUUUACAACAAAAAAUUCAAACUGCAUCUCGGUGCGCAAAGGUGAAGUAGGCCAGUUAUUAGCAGUACAGUCCUUGGGUUGGUGGAAAAUGAAUGUAGAGGGUGUGGUCGGAUGGACUCCAGGCGAUUUCUGGGAACUGCUACAGGAUGAGGAAGAAACUCUCAACGAAAUGCCUCCAAAGAGCAAGCAGCGAGAAAGGCACAGUUCUUUCGGAGACGAGUUGUGGUAUUACGGGAAAAUGUCACGUCAGAAGUGCGAGGAACUUAUGAUGAGAAGCGCCAAAGAACUCGACUACUUGAUACGAGAGAGCACUCAGAAGUUUGCUUCUUUCGUGCUAUCGGUCAAGUAUGGCGGAAAGAUUCGCCAUUUUCCCAUAGAACUGACACCAAGCGGUCGUUACGUUAUUGGCAAGCAUGCGUUCGAUGGUUUGACGGAAAUUGUAACAUUUUACAAGACCCACGCGUUGUUUUACACGCAGAACAAAGAAGCGAUCACCCUUGGGGAAUCAUUCCGAGGGAUGUAGAAC